AUGCCCCUCCCCCACUGGCCCCUCCCUCGCUCCGACAUGGUUCCGUCGCCGCCUGUCCGAAUCCGUGUCGACGCACCAGCCGGCUCCGCGCCCUUCCACUUCGGCCGUGCGCGCAAGUGUUCAUGCAGCUCGGACGGCGGCGGCGACCACUCCCCGUGCUUCCACCGCACUGCAGACGCACCCAACCCCGCGGCUCCGCGCGUGACCAUCGACCACACCUACUUCCCCGAAAUCAUGGACAACAUCCUGCGCCACUGCUCCAACACCGCCCUGGCCAACUUUCGCGGCACAGGCAAGGCUUUCAACAGGCGCAUCUCCAAGGAACUCUUACGACACAUCAACCUCAAGUCGAUGUACGUGGGGGGCGGCAGUGGCCAGAAGUUCUACCUCUUCGGUCUGGAUGCCCCCGGAGGCUCCUGGGCCAACGGCAUGCCCUCCCGCGAGCUUGCCCUUCCUGCGGCAGAGGAGUGUGUCCGCACAAUCGAUCUCAGCCGCAUCAACAAACGUGGCAACCAAGACGCCCCUUCCAUCCUCAACGAGUGCGCCCCACUCGACUUCACGAUCGUCUUCCCGGAGCUGCAAACUGUCCGACGAAUUAACAGCACCCAGAGCUUCCGGCUCGAGAACUCGUUGGCCGUGACGCUUGUCGACUUCUUCUCCCAGCCCUUUAUCCUGAACGCUUCCGAAUACGGAGACAUCACGGAACACAUCAUCCACCUAUCAGACACGGCGAUCCAUGGCAUGGAGUUUAUCGACUACGCCCGUCUUGGUGGUACUCUCAAGCGCAUUACCCUUGUGAUUGGAGACGUCCCAGCGCACGAACCCGCAUCGCCGACGGACGACGACCCGUGCGAGCACUGUCAAAACUUUGUCAACAGCGUGGAGGAUAUUGUGAUUGGCGCCUUGGAGGCUUUGGUCCGCGGUGCCUCGGUCACUAUUGUCGGCCUGGAGCUGCUCCAAUGCCCCGUGUCAUACGAGGUUGAGGAUGACGACCUCACAGUCAAGGCGAUCAACAUUCAGAGGAUCAAGCAAAGCGUCGCAGAAAUGUUCGGUCGUUAUCCGGGAGUCAAGACGGACUAUGUGAUGAAGCAAAUCCGCUUCAAGAAGUCGGCCGAUUGGUGGCGCAGCCCGGCAGCCAAGGUCAUGUACCCACUUCCCGACUACCUGAACUAUACUUGA